AUGGAAUACAAAAUAGGCACCCGUCGACCAAAUCCAUUGGAGAAGAAGAGGAGAGAGAGGCACAUGAAGCUCAUGGCCGAGAGGCGGCAACGGCAACUUGAAGUAAUGCAAGUGCCCUUCCUCAACGAAGUGAUCAUGGACCCUGGGUGUCCCCCUAGCUGCACCAAGGAAGACUUCAAAAGGCCGCGGUUGCGAAAGUUCCCUUUCGAUAUAGACUCUAUAUCAUUCAUCGGACGGCUCCAAUCUGGUGGCGAUGUCAGAACUGGCGAAGGUCUCGGCGGCGGCCUUGACGGAUAUAAUUGGAAAAUUCGGGUCGGAAAUGCCGGUCUGACAUAUGUCUUGAAGCUUUUUUGGGAGACAGAGCCCGACCCUCCCUUUUAUUUUGCUGCUCAGAGAGAAUGUCAAAAUGCUGCUCUGUUGCAGCAGAUUGAAGCGGCAGUGUCGGAUGCAGCCAAGGCGGACAAUCAGCAUGGACCGAUUCUGCUCGAUCCGGACCCCAAAUCUCAGCGUGAUGCCGACAAAAACUUGCUUGCCUUUUCUGACGAGGCUCGUCAGCGGAAAAUCGGGGUAGAGUCAGCAGAUUUGCUACAUUUUUCUGCCGACAAUAUACCUCGGCUGAGAAAGUGCUACGGGUGGCUACAAUUUACGGGAGAACAACUGUACAAGCAUUUGCCCUGGAAGUUACACCCACCGUAUAUUGAAGUUGAUAAGAUGGUUCGAUCGAUUGACAAGACGAAAAACUACACAGCGGUUGUUUAUGAGUUUGUGGAAGAAGCUGACAACGACCCUAACGUAGUGAAGUCGGUGUUGGAAUUCCUCUGGCGUGUUGGAUUCAGCCAUUGUCUGUCGCCAAGAAAGGCAAACUGGAAAUCAAGCGUAUUAGUCGACCUCUCGGAUAUCGUUGGCCCCAGAACCUUCGGAUGGGUUGGUGCAAGAUACGGUCCGUUCGGACCAGAGCACGUGCUGCGAUAG